CCUAGAUGAGUUGGCUUUGCAUUGGCUUUUCCUUUUUUCCUCUUUUUGCUGUCUAUGUGUCGAUCCACUAAAAAGCACAAAAGACGAAAAUUAAAUUAUUGAGUCACCAGUUAUCGACACUUCAUGGCUACUACUUAUUUGAGAAAAAGAACCUUGGCUGACUCUAAACAUGUUGAACACACGACAACUGGUGAAAGAGUCAAAAGAAGGAAGAAAACUCAUACAAGCAACCUUCUACUCAAACUACAUACACGUGAACUCAAUACAGGUGUGAGAGAUAUAUUUAGAGGAACUUCGACACCCGAAAAGUUUAGAAACAUUCGAUUGAGAAAUUCCAUAGAUAUCUUCGAAAACGGAUUUCCCAAACACAAUUGUAUACUUUCACAAUCAGCGUCAAAGAUUGUUGAAAUAAGUAGUUGCUCUGAUCUAUUAUUUGUAUUGACCCAAGGAGGAGUAUGUUUUGCCUACUCUAGAGAAAACUCUAAAAAGAUAUGCUGUGUAAACAGGUCACCUGACGAGAUCAUUCGAAGUCUGUUUUUGAAUCGAAAGAAUGGUUCGCUCAUAACAGUUUCUGUGAUGAAGCAAGACAGUUUUAGUUCUCUUAAAUGUUACAGUACACCACUGAAAUACAUUCUUCAUGGCAAGCCUGAACAAGGAUACUUAUUAUUCGAGUCUGAAUGCUUGAGAUGGCCUGGCUUUGUGGAAUUCGAUGAAGUGAAUGGAAAGAUAUUGACAUUUUCAGCUCAAAAUUCAGUUUACAAGCUGUGGGAUAUGAAGAACUAUGAACUGCAACAUAUCAUUCAUGAUGAUAGAGUGCAAGAAAUCAAGAUCAGUCCAGGAAUGAUCAUGCUCAUUUAUAUGAGAAUAGGCUGUCAUCUUCCUAUUAGGAUAUUGGACAUAGAAAAUGCCAAAUGUUUGAAAGAGUCUAAAAUUCCUCUCUAUAGAAAUAAGAAAAUUGAGUUCAUCGAACAGUUUGGAGACAAACUUUUGAUCAAACAAGAGAAUGAGACAUUGCAUAUUAUGGACAUUCGUACUGGAUACGUCAACUCCCUGAAAAAUGCACAAUCACUCAAUGCAACAGCUUUUGUAGCUCUUCAUGAAAGUGAAUUGUUAUUGACAGAGAGCAGAGGAAGAUUCUAUAUUUGGAACUUGAGCGGUUCUUUGGUGUCUACUUUUGAAGGAAAUGUUCACUCUUACCAGGAUGGUUCUAAUAGCAGCCUUUAUAUUAUAGGUAGUCAAGACUUACUUUUAGCCUUUGGUAGAAGAGGUGAUAACCAGAAGGAGGGCGUUAUCCGUAUUGUAUCUAUUUUAACAGGACAACAUCUUUCUUCUAUUUGUGAUGAUGGUUCUUCUGGCAAAAAUGCAUUGAAUGAAGUUUCUGCCAUAUUUUACAACGACGAGCGAAAUGAAAUAUAUACUGGAACAGCUGAAGGAUUAUUACACAUUUGGUCCAAUUAGCUUUUAAGAACAUGGAUCUUUUCCAAUUUCUUCAAGAAAUUAUUCUUUGAAACAUAGGAUUUUUUCAUAUCAAUUGAAUAUCAAUAAAAAUCUCCAUUCUUGA